AGCGAACGCUAUUGGCUGCUAUCUCCCGGGUUCGUGACGGACCGCCCACUACCACCAACCAGCUUCACAGAGCAACGAUGGAGGGCGAGGAAGAGCGACACCAGGACACCCUGAGACAACAUCUGCUCUCAAGGCUUCGCUCCAAAUUAAAAAUUGGGCUCACAAGAGAACCUAUCGAUUUAGAUUACUUGGAAUUUACAUGUAGGCAGGAGUUGUAUCUGUGUAAUGCACUCUCCAGACACAUUGAUAUGCCCACAGAGAUGUUGCAGGCUCUACGGGACCUUUUUAGGUUUGUAACCAUAAACAUCGAAUGCAUCAGUGAAAGAAAUAGAUAUGUUGAGAGAAUACCUGGACAGAUGGGGCGUCCCAAGUUAGACAUUGAGAGAGAGAGCUUGGAGGAGCUCCUAGAAACUGACUUGCCUGUGCCCUGCCUUGCAAAGAUGAGGGGAGUCUCAAUGAGUACUCUGUUUAGACGGAUGCGGGAGUUUGGCCUGUCCGCUAGACGGUACAGCAAUAUGAGUGAUGAGGAACUGGACAGGAUGGUACAGGAUGUGAAAAAUGAAAUGCCGAUGGCUGGCUACCAGAUGGUCAAGGAGAGGAUGCGAUCACAGGGAGUCCAUGUUCAGUGGAGGAGAGUGGCUGCAUCAUUGCACCGUGUGGAUUCUCUGGGAAUCAUCUCAACACUUGCUGAAUUAGGCUGCGUUGUACGCAGGACUUAUUCUGUGAGAGGUCCUCUUUCACUUUGGCAUGUGGACACAAACCACAACCUAAUCAGGUACAACAUUGUACUGUUUGGCGCAGUGGAUGGGUUUUCCAGAAAAGUGAUGUGUCUGAGUGUUGCUACCAACAAUCUGGCAUCAACUGCAUUCGCGGCCUUCAAAGAGGCAACAGAAAAGCAUGGCAUACCAUCAAGGGUCAGAGCUGACCACGGUGUUGAAAACGUUGAAAUCGCAAGAUUUAUGUUUAACGUUCGUGGAACCGACAGGGGAAGCUUUAUGUCUGGCAAAAGCGUUCAUAACCAAAGGAUUGAACACUUGUGGCUUGAUGUCAAAACCUGCGUGACCUCGAAGUACUACAACAUUCUUCAGAGUCUGGAGAGGGAACAGCUUCUUGAUGUUUGCUCCUCAGAAGACCUCUUCAUUGUCCAUGCUGUGUUUCUACCAAAACUAAAGAAAGACCUUGAGAGUUUCGUUGAUGGUUGGAACAAUCACCCAAUUCGGACAGAAAGCAACAUGACCCCUGAGCAGUUGUGGCACUGUGGUAUCAAGGAAAUCAGUAUUGAUCAGCCAGAAAAUGUUGAGGAUCUGGAGGAGCCUGACAUUGACUGGGACAUUGCCACAAACCACGACGGUGAAAUGGAUGGAGAGAUUGUGGUUCCUGAAAUUGAGUCGCAUUUGACCAAAGAACAAAUACAGAUGGUUCAGAGCCUCAUUGAACAGAGUGACCCAGACAUGCCAGCAAGGUGCCUGUAUUUAACAUGUCGUAAACACAUUUUUGGCACAGGGUGAUGCUUUUAGAAGCUCUUUUGGGGCACUUUUCCACCGACGUGGUGCCGGUGCUGGUGCCAGGUUCCCGAACGGUUCUUUGCGUGUCCACCGCAAAAAUCACAGGUUCUUGGCCAGAAAAGCCGGAUCCAUUCUGGCCCCACAAUCUUGCUGGUCUGGAACCAGUGAACCUGUGACGCGAGCAGCCAAAGGGCAGGGGGAGAGCGCCAUCUCCCCACCUGGAGGGAGCAGUGGCAAUUUUGCUCCCUCUGAGUGCCGGCAGCUUGAACCUGCGACCUCCCGCUCAUAGAGGCAGAGCUUUCAAGCUUUAAUUUUAGGAGCUUUUUAACAGCUUUGGAUUUUUCAAAUUAUUUUUGUGUAUUAAAGGGAUAGUUCGGUAUUUUUGACAUGAG